AUUUAUGUCCAAUAAUUCUCUCUCUAUAAAAAACCCUAAGGUCUCACUAGCUUUUGUACACAACACUCAAGGCAAUAACAUUUGUAGUACUAUCCCCCUCUACUUUGUCCAAACUACUCUCUAUUGUUCUCUAAUUUUUCUUUUAAGAAUGGAAAUGGUAAGCAAGAUUGCAUGUUUCGUGGUUUUGUGCAUGGUGGUGGUUGCACCCCAUGCAGAGGCACUGACCUGCGGCCAGGUUCAGUCUAGCCUGGCUCCUUGCGUCCCUUAUUUGCUGGGCCGCGGCCCUUUGGGGGGUUGUUGUGGCGGCGUUAAACGUCUGUUGGGUGCUGCUCGCACCCCAGCGGACCGAAAGACUGCAUGCAAUUGCCUGAAAUCAGCCGCUAAUACUUUUAAGGGCAUUGAUAUGGGCAACGCCGCUCGUCUCCCUGGUACUUGUGGCGUUAACAUUCCCUACAAGAUCAGUCCCUCCACUGACUGCUCCAAGGUCCAGUGAGGUUGAUGAAAGAUGGAUCACUUUUCCACUAGGAUAAUUUAGUAGUAGCGCAAUCAUGUGGAGAAGAAGAAUAAGAGUGAUCGAGUUUGAUCCUGCUUAUGGAUCCAUUUCGAUUUUGUGUUUGUUGUCUCUCUAUUUUCUGUCUUUUGUCUUUUGGAGUAGUCAGAGUCUUGUAAUGAAACUUCAACGGUUGGUUGUAUUACAAUCCAAUCAGCUUGAUAAUACAUCUCUAUUUAAUUUCUAAGUA